AAAACGUGAUCGACAUGUUCUUCUACCAAUUGAAAGCGAGCGCGUUCGGCGGUCUGCGCUUGUUCUCCAGUGAUUUACUUCGGUGGGCGGGGCCAUGAGCGGCGGUCUCGUCGUUCCUCAGACUGUAAAAUGUUCCGUGAAUGAAUCCGCUAACAAAAACAGAACCAGGUUUCCAAACGUCCCCGAGAACAUUUGACAUAUCUGAAGCUGCAUCCGGGGAAAAACUUCACUGCUGACCGCCGAGUCGGGACCUGUGGCCCCCCUCCCGCAUUGUCAUCAUGGGUGAGGUGGAGCUCUCCUGUCGGGCGUACGUGAAGAUGUACCUGCACGCGUGCCUGUACCCGCGCGGCAGUAUCAACGGCCUGCUGUUGUCCUCGAGUUCGGCAGAGGGCGCUGUGUGCGUCACGGACUGCGUGCCGCUGCGGCAUUCGCACCUGCCGCUGGCCCUGCCCACGCAGGUGGCGCUCACACAGGUGGACGCCUGGUGUUCCCAGACCCAGCAAAGGAUUGUGGGAUACUAUCAAGCCAACGCCUGUGCAUCAGACAGCAGCCCGACGCCGUGCGCCCUGAAGAUCUCUGACAAGAUCGCGGAGCAGUUUGACGGCGCCGUUCUGCUGAUGCUGGACGGCAGCAAGAUGCCUCCGGACUAUCGGGUUCCUCCCAUCGUGAUGUACGAGCGCAAAGACUCCAGGUGGAUCCUGAAGGACAAACACAUGAUCAUGCUCAGACAGUGGGAGGAGACUCGGGCCAUCGCCGCCCAGAUGCUGGAGGCGGGCGAUCACGCUCUACUGGUGGACUUUGACAGCCACUUGGACGACAUCACGAAGGACUGGACCAAUCAGAGGCUGAACGCUAAGAUAGCAGAGCUGUCCUCGCCCCCCAACGGGAGCAUUUAGCCCCCAUUAUUUCUGUGUUCACCCCCUCCCAAGAACCCACAGAGACAUCUUUAUUUAAAAAGCGAGGGGACGACAACAGACUGACCUGUUGGUACAUCCCAGUCUUCCACCCCCUCCUGAGUUGUGGUACAACCCGACCUACUAACUUAAACCCCUUUUAACCUGCA